AUGCCUUCCAUAAUCUCUACUCUCUUCAAGAAAUCAGAUCCCCCCAAGGAUACACCUCUAGCGGAACAACUCAAUCAGCCUACUGAGAACCAGGUCGGCAAGACGAAUGGUCCAUCGGAUACGGAUGCCCAAUGCCAGGAAGAAGAGAAAGGCUCCAAGCCACCUAGCGAGAAAGAGAGUACAUUAGUUGAUGAACCGAUGAGAGACACGACGGUCCCCGAUGAUUCAAACAAGGAGGCUGCCGCAAAUCACUCGCCUGGAGUAAUGUCUAACGAGGACUCGAACAAGGAGCCCGUCCCUAAAGAGCAACCGGAGAAGGAAGCUACUACAGAAAAUUACGAGAAGAACGAGAUUGUCGAGACUUCUUCCGAUGCGGAGAAUAAAGAAAAUGAUGUGCCUGAAUAUCCGUCAGCCUGGAGACUUGUCCUAAUUACCAUCGCGCUGUGUCUUUGUGUGUUCUGUGUGGCCUUGGAUAAUACAAUUAUUGCAACUGCCAUCCCCAAGAUUACUGAUCAAUUCAAUUCGCUCAACGAUGUGGGUUGGUAUGGUAGUUCGUACCUACUAACAACCUGCUCCGUAACUCUCAUGUUUGGCAAAUUCUACACCUUCUAUUCUAUUAAAUGGAUCUACCUCUUUGCCCUCUCGAUCUUCGAGAUUGGCUCGCUCGUCUGCGGUGUCACUCCAAACUCGGUCGGCUUAAUUUGUGGGCGCGCCAUUGCAGGCCUCGGUGCUGCAGGCCUCUUCUCGGGUUCGAUCUUGAUUAUUUCCCAGAGUGUGCCUCUCGACAAGCGGCCCAUGUAUACAGGGCUGGUAGGCUCCAUGUUUGGCAUUGCCAGUGUUGCUGGUCCCCUCAUGGGAGGCGCUUUCACUGACAGACUGACUUGGCGCUGGUGCUUCUACAUUAACCUUCCAAUUGGCGCGGUCACCUUCUUUUUCAUCCUGUUCUUCUUUAAGUCCCCCGGGGCCAUCAAGAACAAGAAGGGAUGGAAGGAGCAAAUUGCUGAGAUGGAUCUCCUGGGCUCACUUUUCUUUCUGCCUGCCAUUAUCAGUCUACUCCUUGCCCUCCAAUGGGGUGGAACCAAGUACCCUUGGGGAAACGCUCGCAUCAUCGCGCUGUUUGUCGUCUUUGGUGUCCUGAUCAUUAUCUUCAUAGGUCUGCAGUAUUGGGGCCAGGAUCGUGCCACUGUUCCUCCACGCUUGAUCAAGAACCGCAAUGUCUGGGGUGCUGCGUGGUAUUCGCUCGCCCUAGGCGCGGCGUACUUUGUUCUCGUCUACUAUCUUCCGAUUUGGUUCCAGUCUAUCAAAGGUGCCACGGCUGUGAAGUCAGGCAUCAUGAACCUGCCGAUGAUCAUCGCAGUCGUGGUGGUUUCUAUUCUGGUCGGUGGCCUGGUCACCGCUUGUGGUUACUAUACUCCUUUCAUGAUCUUCUCGGCAAUCAUCAUGACCAUCGGUGCUGGACUAUUAUCUACGCUAGAAGUUGAUUCUGGCCACCCCAAGUGGAUCGGAUACCAAGCGCUCUUCGGUAUCGGGCUGGGCUUGGGUAUGCAGCAGCCCAUGAUGGUUGCUCAGACAGCUCUCAGCGCCGGGGAUGUCCCCAGCGGCACAGCCAUUGUUAUGUUCGCUCAAACUCUAGGCGGCUCAAUCUUUGUAUCUGUCGCCCAGAAUGUUUUUCAGAAUCAGCUGUACCAGAAUCUCGCCAAGUAUGCGCCCGAUGCUGAUGCUAUCAAAAUCGUCUCUGCUGGAGCAACUAUGCUGCGGACUGUCGUAUCCGGAUCGACCCUGCAUAGCGUUUUGGUGGCAUACAAUGCGGCUAUCACGCAGACUUUCUACGUGGCUGUGGCUAUGGGUGCAUUGUCACUCGUCGGACCCAUCUUCGUCGAGUGGAUCUCGGUCAAGGGAAAGAAAGUCGAGAUUGCGGCGGUUUAA